UAUUAUAGAUGGUUGCAACGAAUUUAGCAUGUUCCUGGAUGUUUGGUUUCUAUUGAAAUUAUUCAGUUGUUUUUGCUUUAGAUAUGAGUAUCAUAACUGCAUACCCAUAUUAUAAUUCUAUGUUUUCAAUAAUGUUAGGCACUGAACUUGAUCCCCAACAACAAUUUGACACAUCCAACAAGUUAAUCAAAUCCUUAAAACAACAUAAUUUCACUCCUGAUUUGGUGAAUUGCAGGAAAGCUUUACCUGAUGAAGAGACUCUACUUUUGGCUUCAUGUAACUAUGAAACUAACACUAAAUGGGGUCAAGAGAUUGGAUUCUUGUAUGGUAUUGUAUGUGAAGAUAUUCACACUGGAUUCAUGCUGAAUUGUAAUGGUUGAAAUUCAGUUUUUUGUGAUCCAGCUAAGCCACAGUUCCUUCGAAACAGUACAACUAAACUGAAUGAAUUGCUAAUUCAAGGAACAAGAUG